AUGCCUGUGAUUGAUUUCUCCACCAUUCCACUUGCUGGUCAGGCUUCGAACACUGUCCUCGUGGCUUUCUUGCUCACAGCUUGCCUGUCGGCGUACGUCGUAUAUCAGAAAUUCUUCCACCCGCUUGCAUCCGUCCCUGGACCUCUCUGGGCCAGCCUUACCAGAUUAUGGAUCACAAAGCAUAGCUGGGACGGUGACAUGCACAGGACCAUGAUUGCCUUGCAUGAAAAACAUGGUCCUAUCGUGCGUACUGGACCCAACGAAGUCAGCAUAGCAGACCUGUCGGCCAUCAAGACAAUCUACGGCGCAGGCACAAAGUUCCGCAAGAGCGACUGGUAUUCUGUCUGGCAAGGCCACAGAAAGUUCGACUUGUUUGCAGAGAGGGAUGAGAGGCUGCACGGGAAGCAAAGAAGCUCGAUCAGUUCAGCAUACGCCAUGACUAGCUUGAAAGACCUGGAGCCAUAUGUGGAUGACACUGUCAACCGAUUCAUGGAUGCAAUGAGUGAGCGUCAAAACCAGGUGGUCGAUAUGGGCAAAUGGGCACAACUCUUCGCUUUCGAUGUCAUUGGAGAAAUUACCUUCUCGAAGAGUUUCGGUUUCAUGGAGGCGCAAGCCGAUGACGGGUCUUUCGCUCAGAUUGAAGGCGCCUUGAAGUCCGCUUCGUGGAUUGGACAAGUCCCAUGGCUCUACUGGCUCCACGAUCGCCUCAUGCCCCUGAUCGGCAACCAUCUAGCUCUCAACAAUAGGCAUGGGUCGCUUCGAACCCUCGCCGCGAAAGAGAUCUCUGCAAGAAUGGAUCGUGGUAGCGACCGCAAAGACAUCCUGUCGAAAUUGCAUGCAGCUCAAAUGGAAAAAGCCGAACUCGAUGACAAUGGUGUCAUCAGCAUGGCGACCUCGAACAUCUUUGCAGGCAGCGAUACGACUGCAAUCUCCACGCGCGCCAUCAUCUAUUACCUACUCAAGAAUCCACAGUACAAGCAACGACUGAUCGAGGAGAUUGACGACUUCAGAAGACAAGGCAAGCUCAGCGAUCCUGUAACAUUGACAGAGGCAGACUCGAUGCCGUACUUGCAGGCUGUCAUGUACGAGGCGUUGCGUUGUCACCCAGCUGUCGGCAUGAGUUUGCCUCGAGUGACUCCAGCUGGCGGCGCUACUAUCGCUAACACCUUCAUACCUGCUGGAACUAUCGUAGGAGCCAAUCCUUGGGUUGUUCAUCGCCAGAAGGAGGUAUUCGGUGACGACGUUGAGGACUUCCGCCCAGACCGCUGGCUCAAGGAGGAUACGGGAGACAUGCGUCGUUUCUUCUUCGCUUUUGGUUCGGGCGCUAGAAUGUGCCUAGGAAGAAACAUAAGCUGGAUGGAAAUGUCCAAGCUGAUACCCACGCUUUUCCUCCACUACAAUCUUGAGCUCGCAGACCCAGAUGCCGAGUGGACGGAGACAUGCUUCUGGUUCGUGAUGCAGCAAGGCGUCAACGUACGGCUCAGCAAGCGCGCUGUGCCAUCGUAG